AUGAAUGCCAUGAAAGAUGAGAUAGACUCUAUGGCAUCAAAUAGAGUUUGUGAUCUAGUCGAGUUGCCUGAUGGUGUUAAAGCCAUUGGAUCACCCAUUGUGAAAGGUGACCAGUUCAGUUUAAACCAGUGCCCCAGAAAUGAUAUUGAGAGGGAACAAAUGAAAAAUGUUCCUUAUGCUUCAGUUGUUGGAAGCAUUAUGUAUGCCCAGGUUUGCACUAGACCUGACAUUGCAUAUGUUGUUGGAGUAUUGGGAAGAUAUCAGAGUAAUCCAGGUCCUGGUCAUUGGAAGGCUGCAAACAAAGUGUUGAGAUAUCUUCAGGGUACUAAGGACUACAUGCUUAUGUAUAGACGGACUGAUAAUUUCCAAGUAGUUGGUUAUUCUGACUCAAACUACGGUGGCUGCAUUGCCUCAAGAAAAUCCACCUCUGGAUAUGUAUUUAUGUUAGCCCAUGGUGUCGUUUCUUGGCGGAGUGCAAAAUAG